AUGACCAUUCAGUUAAUUCCUCGCGGAAGCUUUGCAAUAGCAGCAUUAGUUGUUGCAAUUUCUCUUCUCGGAACCUACUUUUAUCCCUCCACCUUUACACAAACAGCUCUAUCCCCGACAGUUCACGACCCACUACGUGAUAUUACAUAUAUCGGGAGUGCAUUGGAGGAUGUCGAGCAUUUCCAGAAUAUUUUUUACGCCGAAGAGCCCUCUGGGCCUCGACGAUUUGCACCUCCCGUUCCCGUGCGCCCCUCGAAAGGCUCAGUGAUUGAUGCUACCAGCGCCGGCGCUUGGUGUCCCCAGGGUACUGGAGAUAUUUUGCCUUUCACUAGCCGAGUCACUAACAUCAGCGAAAACUGUCUGAGCUUACGAAUUGCCCGUCCGAAGGGCGCACUAGCAGGUCAAAAAUUACCGGUGGUUGUAUAUAUUCAUGGAGGUGGCCAUGCGUUGGGUUCCGCCUCGGAUAUCCUCUAUCAUCCUGAUGGGCUCGUGCAAGAAGCUGCCAUUAGUGAGAAGCCAUUGAUCUACGUGGCAAUCAAUUAUCGACUAGGCUUUUUCGGAUUUGCAACCAGCCAUGCGAUGAUAGAGAAUAAGCAGACAAAUGCUGGACUUCGGGACCAGCGUGCUGCAUUGGAGUGGGUCAAAGAUAAUAUCGAAGCCUUUGGAGGCGAUUCGAAUCGAGUGACUGCGAUCGGUCAAAGCGUUGGAGCCAGUGAUAUUGGUCUCCACUUGAUCUCAUUCGAUGGUACACGAGGAGUCCCAUUUCAACAAGCCAUGAUGAUGUCCGGUGCUCCAGGCCUCAACUUUAACAGUGAUCCGGCCCUGGUAGCUGAAAACACCGCCUCCAUCGCCGAAAAAGUCAACUGUGUUCAACCUAGCGAAGAUGCACAGUCUCUCGCAACAUUGGAGUGCCUCCAACGUACUCCUUUUGAACUCCUAACCAAUCUUUCCGUCACGGCCUCCCGUGCAGCCCGUCCUCCCUUUGGGGAGGGAUUCUUCUAUCCAACCAUUGACGGGGACAUGAUUACCGCGCGUCCAUCUGAGCUCCUCCGCGCCGGUAAAUUCGAGCCUAAUAUUCCUUUGAUCGGCUCUUGGGUCACCAACGAUGGAGCCUGGUACGCGCCUCCAACCACAGCUACGGACACCGAUGUCCUCGCGAGCUUCGGUCUCUGGCUUUCUCAUCUGUCCGACUCGACAAAGACCGAACUUCUCGCCUUGUAUCCCAUUAAGGAUUUCGAACAUAUCAAGCGACACUCAGAGGAUGGGUCACCAAUUUCACCGCAGUAUUACCGUGCAGCGCAGAUGAACCGGGACAUAUGGUUUACCUGCCCCGUAUUGGAUUUUACGUGGCAUUAUCUUCAAAAGCAGCAAAACGGUGGAAAAGAAUCAAAAUCUUCGGCGACCGACUCACGAGUAUGGCUAUAUGAGCAUAAUGCCACGCGAUACUCACCUAUCUUCCAAUAUAUGGGUGUUCCAAUGUGGGGUGUGGCACAUUUGAGCGAUAUCCCGUAUGUGCUGAACAAUCAGGGGUUAGAGGCAGGGGCAGAUAACUCGCCAGAUCAAUUGGAAUUAGGGAGGGCACUCAGCCGUCGGGUAAUUGACUUUGCAUACCAUGGGCGUCCUGAGCAGUUUGCGGCAGAUUCAUGGCCGCCAGCUUUCAACAAAGAGGAGUUGCGGUUGGGCAAGACCACUCCCGAAACGAUUUCAAUUCGGGUUUUCGGUGGGAUUUCCAAGGAGUCUGGGGAGGCAGUCACCGUUAAUCGUGGUGCUGAGUCUGAAGAUCUACAGAAUACAUUAGAAAGCGCGGUGAAGUGGGAGAAGCUGUUUGAACGGUGCGAAUUCAUCAAUCGUCCGCAGAUGAGGCUCGAGGCGGGUGUUUAG